CACCUGCUCGUGAUCGCGGUACUUACCACCAGCAGGAAGGAAAGACCCAGGAUGAUGAUCAAAGCGAUAAUCUGGGACACACACAUGCACAGGAAAUCAUCUUUUACUAUGAGUGCUAUUUGGUAUACAACAUGAAUGAUAUGUUUGCAGAAGUACUUGCUUGCACCGCUGAUGAAGAAGCUCUGUAUUGUUAUGAAGGAUGUGUUGUUACUCUGGAAACGGUUCUAUUUUUAACCAAUUUUUCAACCGUUUUAGCAUUACGGACUACACAGUCAAUUCUUCAAUUGUAUGUUUUUAUGUAUCCGGGCCAAAAUAACAAUUAGGAAGUUAAAAGGGUGUACUUAUUUUUUCCCCCGCCUAGUUUCUGAAUGUUGGUUUACUUUUUUGGAGUGGAAAAAAAGGACUACAUAUUGUUACCUGAGGUUAUUUCUUUGCUUAUCGAAGUCGGUGAAGACCACACAAUCGUUAUUUAGGCCAUGAUAAACAAAACCAGAGAAUUGAAGGAGGGUGUACUUUCUUUUUUUCUUUUUCAGAAUUUUCUGGAAUUGACCGGGUUUCAUUUCAACCUUAAUAACUCAUAAAACAAAGUUUCUGCUUCCUCCGGUGUUGGGAAGUCCUUGCAGGCGAUCUGUUGCUGUCCGGUCCCGUUGGCAGUCACAGUGCGGAUGCAGACGUACCAGUCUCCGUCUAUCAGCGCGACCACGAUCCACAGCGCCGAGGCGCAGAAAACCCUCCGCAGUAUCUAUUCAAAACUGCUCUGUAGUACUUUAAAGGAGAUGAUGACGGCAAUAUUUGGACCAUGGAGAAAACACAUAUAUCUCUUCCUCUGUGAGGGAAUUACAGCUGGAAGGGAGAAAUCAAUUUCAGACCAAUGGUAGAGGUGAACGUUUUGGACAAAAGCCCUUCGUCGACUGUGUAAGCAGUGUAAUAUAGUGUCUCGCUAUCUUAUAUCUGUAUAGCAGCAUUGACACGACUGGCACUGAUGUUUGUUUAAUGAUACUCUCACAGUUUGGUACCAAGGUGGAGCAAGUAAAGUUUUUUUUGUUUUUUUUUUAAAGAUUAACUAAUGUCUUGUUCUCAUCUUUGUUUCCAGACACAACAGACUGUAAAAGCAUGACCCAAACCACACCUGCAUGUGUAUUUUUAGCCGUGCAAUUGGCAUGGACAUUCUCUGCCCACGUGAAAGUACUUCAUCUAUAAUAGGUUACUUUUUUUCCUUCAGUGUUUCCUAACAGUAUUAACAGUUGUUUUGUUUUUCAGUUUUGCGCUCUCUGAUUGUGCGUGUCUUAUAUUUACAUCACGACCGAUAUCACAUCGUCCACAUAUCACUCAUCUAACCUUCUGAGAAGUAUUUGACAUCUAUACUACUGUCUGUUACCUAAUACGUGACUUAACGGAAGUGUCUUUUUCCUCUCUGUUUGGUCUGUGUAAAUAUAUAUAAAUAUCCCGUAGAGCUAUUUUAACCCACAUGGACUACGCAGAAUGAAUGGUGUGUAUUUGAGAAAUACACAGCUUACAUCAGGUUUCAGGUAUUUCAGCUCAGCCUUAUCAGGUAUGCAAGGCCCCGCCUCUACGUGCCAAUAUUGACAGAGGGUGCUGCUCCUAUGCUUCAGGCUGGAAUUAAAUAUGUUAUCUGACAGAUCCAGGUGGACUCUUGCUAGUGUAUGAGGUCUGCUGUACGAGGUCUGCUAUCACGAAUGGAAAUACACUGAUCGACUUAUGACUGCUGUAGCCUGUACAAUCCGCAUCCGAUGACUUGAGCAUGGCUUCGAUCGGACAAAUCAUCUUUUGGAGCAUGAUUGUCCUCAUAUUUGUAAUGGCUGGACUUCUAAUUCUCCUUUUGGUUAUUGCAUUUGCAGCAUCCCAGGGCUCUGUGUUGACUAGUACACCUUUUAUAGUGGGUAACCUUGGACAGGAUGUGAUCCUAGGCUGCAGAUUCCAAACCAAAACUGGCAAGGACGUUUCUUCUGGUGUGUCGAUCACCUGGCAGAAGGACGGUCUUACUGGGGUAGUUUAUCGAUACCAGAACAAUGCAGCUCAGUUACAGGAGCAGAACUCGCAGUUUAAAAACAGAGUUAAACUCUUCCCAGAUGCUAUCCCGACAGGCAAUGCUUCCCUUCUCUUGAUGCGAGUAAGGCUGGAGGAUGCCGGAGUGUAUCGCUGCAGUGUGACCACUUCUGGAGUCACGGGUACAGUCAGCAUUCAUCUCAGAGUGGGUGCUUUCUCAGCUCCCAAUAUAACCAGAUCAAACGACAGCCUGAUAGCCUCCGCUCAGAGAUGGCUUCCCAAACCUGAAGUAACCUGGACAGACCAGAAUGGAAAACAGUUAAACAGUAGCACUCAGUUUUACAAUGUAACUCUGGGGAUUGUACAAGUAACGAGCAACCUCCAAGUCCAGGUGACUGAAGAGACCUACACCUGUGUCUUCCAGAAUGCUCUCGUCACCGCUGUCUCUAGGGCAACAGUUACAGGUAAUGGAAAUGAUGUUUCGAGAGUAACCGACUUCGUAUUUAAUUCAUCACCAAACAUCGUCGGUUCACAUGUGAUCAGGACAGCCUGCGUCCUUUUCUGUAUGUCGGGAUGGUGAAGGUUCAUGUGGUGGAAGUGGCAUAGGCUAUUAGAAGAGAUUUGACUCACACAAAAAUAAAGGUUAUUUGAUUUGUAAAAACAAAAACAACAACAACAAACAACAAGAAGAAUGUUUGGGUAGAUAUGCAUCUUCUGAUAUUUAUCUUUAACGUUAAUUAAUUUAUGUUUUGGUCUCAGAAUAAUAAAGCAUGAAUGACAGCAAAACAUCUGCAAAAUGUCACCUGUAACUGUUUCUGUAAAUAACAUGUAAGAUUAACUUGAAUAUAUGUCAGUAAUGUCUAUUUAUACAGUUGUGUUUUAUUCUUAUUCUUAUUCUUAAUAUUAAUCUUAUUCCUAUGAUGAUGAUGAGGAUGAGGAUGAUGAUGAUGAGGAUGAUGAUGAUGAUGAUGAUGCCUAUUCUUUAGUCUUCCUGGCCAGAGUAGAUGUAAAUCAAUAAUAAUAUUUUUUUUUGAUGAUGUUAAUUGAUGAUACCGCAUAUGUGGUCACUCCCUCAGAAAUUUUGCUUAGCAAAUAAAAUUAAAGAAAUAUCUUAAUAAUGUAUUUUUUAUUAUUAUUAUUAUUAUUAUUUUUUUUUUACACAUUAUUUUGCGGUUUUAUAUUACUGACAAGAAUUUGAUCAAUGCAAGUUUUUGUAUAAACCUACUUUUGUUUACUGGAAAGUUUUAUAGUCAUAAAUGUUAAAUACACAAAAACUAAAGCCCACUUUAAGUUUUUCAAAGAAGAAUUGAAUCUGUAUUUAAAUGCAAUCUCUGUGUAUAUUGAUAAGAAAGCGAUAAAAACAUUCUUAGACAUCUUAAUAUGCUUUCUUCAUCAUUUAUAUGCCCCACCUCCCCCUUUUUUUUCCUUCCUUCUGUUUUUUUCUGGUCUCUCUCUUCAGAAAUUUCUUCCUUAGGUUCAUUAAUUUUGUAAAAUUCCCCUUGUUGACUAUUAUCAUUAUUAUUAUUAUUAUUAUUAUUAUUAUUAUUAUUAUAUGUCGCAACUUGUUUAUUGUUUGGAAGACUGAUUGUAAGUUACUGCUUCCUUUGUAUGUUGAAAUUGCAAUAAAAUAAAAUGAAAAUCAAAACUUUUAUUAUUAUUAUUUUUAAAAGAUGUGAGUCAGUAGAUGGCGACAUUGCUGCUCAUCGGUCGGAGCGCGUCACAGCGUAAGCCCCGCCCAUAAAUGCGUACGCGCUCACCGAUUGGUCAGACAGCGAAGUUCUCAUAUAUCAUUAAGUGUGAAAGCAUGUUGCCUGAUCCGCUGUUUUCUCGCGACACUGUGACAAUUGUUUUUAAUCUGUGGGAUGAGGAAUGCACUGUGCU